AUGCAUGUGGCCAAGCUGAUUGAACCGCACCUGGUCAAGGAGUAUAUUGACAAGGGAAUUACUGUCAAUUGGAACGAUUGGCUCGGCCUCCCCCCUUACAGAACGGAACUUCCAAGACUUCCGACAGAGCUGGAACGAUCUGAGAAGCCGGACUGGAUUUUGAACAGAUUUCUUCCCAACAUUGCUGCACAUGCCAGCAGAUUGUACUUGCUUAAUCUUGCGUAUUCUUUGUGGAAACGUAACGGCAACCCCGGGUUUCUCAACGCACCCGCCAUGUGCAGAAGCAUCAUCCAGCACGGUUUCGAGAAGCGCCGAAAACACAUUGAGUCCAUGCUGUUGGGUGACACUCAUUCCUUUAGGGUUGAGACAAUCCGAAACAGGUCGCCCUACACCUUAGUCGUUACCAAGACAGGAGGCGAGCAUCAACUCAAGGCCACACGUUGGCCGUUUCGGAACCAGGCCAUGCGGGGGUGUCUGGGCGAUGAAAAGUAUCGCGAGCUGAUCCUCUUGGAGGGCUAUGCCUAG